AGUCCACAUCCCCUUCAAUUGAUCAGUUGUGGAAACAUUUCAUGCUAUCUUUUGCUUGAAGCGUAUAAUAGUGUGCAUGUAGUGGACAAUUAGGAUAUGCUUUUUGGUUGCCCUGUUAGGUCAAAUAAAGCAAUUGACCUCCUUACCUUUUCUUUUUUCGUUUGUGUUGUUUCCAUACCGUAUUCUUCAUUCAUGUGAUACAUUUUAAUUCUUCAUUUACAGAAAUGAGAUUGCCUGAAAAGGGUUUUCUUUUGUUGAAAAUAUUUUAUCCAUUUCUCUUGGAGAGAGAACACAAGUCUUUUUUUCUGAAUGGUUUUCUAUGUAUUGGUUGAAGAGUAAAGCAAACAACUUAAAAAAAUAAUUCCCUUGUACUUUAAGUGUGGGCAUGUAGAAAAUGCUGUUCCUUCAUACACUUUUAAGUUAAGCCAUAUAGCCCACAAAACCCUUCAUUUCCAAAUCUAAUCUGCACAUAUAAAUUGUAACCCAAUGUUUGUAUGGAAUUAUACAAAUCAAUUGUGUUGAAACAGCCAGAUCAGACACAAGUAUGGAUAAAUUAUUCAUCGUUUUCUUUCUUGGUUUGCUGACCGUAGUUCAUGGAGUUGCAGGAAACAUGCUAUAUAACAACAUUGGCAUGCUUGAGGAACUUGAAAGCUUUGAAGUAGAUGAAGAAAAUGAGGUGGAACUUUUUGAUACUCCAUCAUGGACAAGUGAACGUGGUGGCAAGGUUCUUGUGAAUGUUGAUAGCUUUGGCGCAGCUGGAGAUGGAGUUUCUGAUGACACCCAGGCCUUUGUCAAUGCUUGGAAGACUGCCUGUAGUACACCAAAAUCAGUUUUUCUAGUUCCCCCAGGACGCCGCUAUUUAGUUAAUGCAACAAAAUUUAAGGGGCCUUGUGAAGAGAAGUUGGUCAUCCAGAUAGAUGGGACAAUAGUAGCACCUGCUGAGCCCGAGAACUGGGAUCCGAACCUUCCACGUAUCUGGCUUGAUUUCUCUAAACUGAAUGGAGUUCUAUUCCAAGGACAUGGAGUCAUUGAUGGCUCGGGCAGCAAAUGGUGGGCAUCAUCUUGCAAAAAGAACAAGACAAAUCCUUGCAGGGGAGCACCAACAGCAUUAACUAUAGAUUCAAGCUCAUCUGUGAAGGUAAGAGGCCUGACUAUCCAAAACAGCCAACAGAUGAAUUUUGUGAUUGCCCGAUCAGCAUCUGUCCGAGUGUCCCGAGUACUAGUUUCGUCUCCAGGAGACAGUCCGAACACUGAUGGAAUUCAUAUUACUGAUUCAACUAAUGUUGCUCUUCAAGACUGCAAAAUUGGAACAGGUGAUGAUUGCGUAUCAAUUGUCAAUGGUAGCUCUGGCAUCAAAAUGAAGAGAAUCUUUUGUGGACCUGGACAUGGAGUCAGUAUUGGAAGUCUUGGGAAGGACAACUCCACUGGAAUAGUCUCAAAAGUGGUCUUGGAUACAGCAUUCCUCAAGGAGACAACCAAUGGCCUCAGGAUUAAGACUUGGCAGGGAGGCAAUGGUUAUGUUCGUGGGAUACGUUUUGAGAAUGUACAGAUGGACAAUGUUGCAAAUCCUAUCAUUAUAGAUCAGUUCUACUGUGAUUCCCCAAAAACCUGCCAAAACCAGACAUCGGCUGUAAAAAUAAGUGAGAUCAUGUACCGGAAUGUUACUGGCACUACAAAGAGCGCAAGAGCUAUGAACUUUGCCUGCAGUGACACAGUUCCUUGUGAAAAUAUAGUCCUCAGUAACAUCAACUUAGAGAAGAAAGAUGGUACAGUAGAGACUUACUGCAACUCUGCCCAAGGCUUUGGAAUAGGUGUUGUUCAUCCUUCAGCUGACUGCCUAACUUCCCAAGACAAAGACUAUAGCGUUGUUGGUGAGACUGAUAUUGCUGAAGAAGACUAUGUUACUGACCAGACUGAGAUUGCAGAGGUUGCAGAAUCCAGCAGUGAGGCUAUCGUUCACACUGAGCUUUGACUUGGCUUCCUGCAGCAGUUAAAAAAUAACCAUAUUAUAGCAAUUUAUAUAGCAAUAUAAAAACUUGGUAAUUUGGAAUGUAGUUCACUAGUAGGGAUUUCUUGGAGGAGGAUUGAGCUGCCCAUGUCAAAUUUUUUGGGAAUUUACAGAGGUUAUAUAGCUAUACAUAUAAGCUGCUCUGAAACUAAUAAUUCAGAAAAUUGUAGAAAUCAAUGAAUGAUGCAGCUGAUAUUGAAAGAAAAUUUAUAAAGUUAAAUGAGAUUUAUACUAUUUGUUUUUCUAAUUAA